CCAGUCCGGUGGAAGUGUUUUGAGUGUACUUACCUGUGUUUGGCACGCGGUUGGAUAUUAGUUGUGCUCUACUUGUCCGGCAAUCAAAACAAAUCAGUUUUGGUAAAGAGUAGAUAUUUGCUUGAAUGAGGUCAACCUGUUCCUAAACUAGUUCGACAGCAAAAAAAAUGGUAUAGAACAACUAAAUUAAAAACUGUUAAUAACAACAAAAUUAUCCGUGUUACAGAAGACCUAUACACAGCUAUGCAAUGGCGACGGAAAAGUUUCAAAAUACCGGAGGAGCUGACAAAGGAGAAUCCGGUUAAAGACCACACCAUAGAAGAAUUGAAGUUAAAACUUGGAAAUAAAGACCUAGAUUCGGAUAUAGAUAUGAUACCGGAAUCGCAAAAGGCUCCACUUCAUUCACCUGCGCAGCCCCAUUUUACCGAGGACGGCCUUAUUAUACCACGAAAGCCCGGAAAUCCAAUGCUAGAAAAUACGGACCGACAAAAUCUACACAGGGAAUUAUUAUUUAAUCAAAAAAUCGGUAAAAACGUAUUAAACCAAAAGUCUGAACUUCAAAGAGCAUUAGAAAAACAUAAAGAUAACGUCGCAAGAAAGGAAUUAGAUCAUCACAUAAGUUCACACGAAUUAGAAAAGGCAUUAGCAGACAGAAUCAAGAGGCGGCAAGAUGCCGUUGUGGUUGAGUGCGAUGAUGAUAAAGGGCUCAGUAAAGAAUUUCUAGAAGCGAGAGCAAAAUUACGAACAAGAACUGAAUCCAAAUAGAUGAUAAUGAUUUAUUUUUUUAAACAUCUACGCAAAAAUAUUUUCGUAUAACAUUUUUGCAUUCUCAUAUGAUCAUCUUCUCAUUGUAUUAUUAAUUAUUUAUAGUGUAUAGGUAGGUAUGUUGAUUGUAUUAAGUACUUUAAAAAGUUCGUAUUAACAAUAGUUAUUCGUUUUACAUUGUGAUAGGAUUCUUUCUUUUAGUUUUGACUUACAUAAUAAACAUCAUGUAAUAUUUA